ACAGGCCUCGCAGUCGCCGUGGACGCCGUUCUUGCGCAUGGAGUCGCCAUUUUGCUCCUAGAGAAGCCGCCUGGAGAGCCGGCGCUUUCUUCCUUCGGCAGCCGAGGCUGCGGCGGGGCCGGGGCUGGGGUCGGGGCCAGGAGGAAUUUUGUUGUCAGAGAAUAAAAGGAGGUUGUCCAUAAUUGACUUUAAGCAGCAAACAGUAAAACACUGAGCUCUUCAGCUCCGCCUUUCUUGCUCUGAGAAUUGGAAAACCAAGAAGGUUUUGAUGUUUUGUGUGGCGCCACCUGAAUUAGAAACCAAGAUGAACAUAACGAAAGGAGGUCUGGUGUUGUUUUCAGCAAAUUCUAACUCCUCGUGUAUGGAGCUUUCAAAGAAAAUUGCUGAGCGGCUGGGGGUGGAGAUGGGCAAAGUGCAGGUUUACCAGGAACCUAACAGAGAAACAAGAGUACAGAUUCAAGAAUCCGUGAGGGGAAAGGAUGUUUUCAUCAUCCAGACUGUCUCAAAGGAUGUCAACACCACCAUCAUGGAGCUCCUGAUUAUGGUGUAUGCGUGUAAGACCUCCUGUGCCAAAAGCAUCAUCGGCGUGAUUCCCUACUUUCCUUACAGCAAACAGUGCAAGAUGAGAAAAAGAGGCUCCAUUGUUUCUAAACUGCUGGCUUCGAUGAUGUGCAAAGCGGGUCUAACUCAUCUUAUUACUAUGGAUUUGCACCAGAAGGAAAUUCAAGGCUUCUUCAACAUUCCUGUUGAUAAUUUAAGAGCAUCUCCCUUUUUACUGCAGUAUAUUCAAGAAGAGAUCCCGGACUACAGGAAUGCAGUGAUUGUGGCCAAAUCUCCAGCCUCAGCCAAAAGGGCACAGUCUUUUGCGGAGCGCCUGCGACUGGGAAUUGCGGUGAUUCACGGGGAAGCGCAGGACGCCGAGUCCGACUUGGUGGAUGGACGGCAUUCCCCGCCCAUGGUCAGGAGUGUGGCUGCCAUCCACCCCAGCCUGGAGAUCCCCAUGCUAAUUCCUAAAGAAAAGCCCCCAAUCACAGUUGUUGGCGAUGUGGGAGGAAGGAUCGCCAUCAUUGUGGACGACAUCAUCGAUGAUGUUGACAGCUUCCUCGCUGCAGCAGAGACCCUGAAGGAAAGAGGCGCAUACAAGAUCUUUGUGAUGGCGACUCACGGCUUGUUAUCCUCGGAUGCUCCGCGGCUGAUCGAAGAGUCCGCCAUUGACGAGGUGGUGGUUACCAAUACGAUUCCACAUGAAAUCCAGAAGCUCCAGUGCCCCAAAAUUAAAACGGUGGAUAUCAGCAUGAUCCUUUCGGAAGCCAUCCGUCGGAUUCACAAUGGGGAGUCCAUGUCCUACCUUUUCAGAAACAUAGGUUUAGAUGACUGAACAGCUUUCCUUUCUUGAAACUCCCAAGGGCCAAACUGGAGGCGGAGCGUACUGUGAGGGCUCACACCUGGUUUGAUGCACUUCACGGGGGCCGAUUAUGCUUUCUUCCUUUCUCUUUGUUAAUUCCUAUGAAGAUAGACCAACUUUUUAUGUCGGGUUAGGUGUUCGUGAGUUUUUGGGGCAAUUUUUAUAAGAGAAAAACUAUAUUCUCCUCCUAAAUAAAUUAACGAUCUGGUUGUUUGUAGUUGAACUAUUUCAAAAAUAGCUUGGAAUACGAUUUUUUUAAGCUCACAGACAGCCUUUUUCCAAAGUUGCUAGAGCCCAAGUGCUUAAACAAGUUAAUGAAAUAAAAUGAUCUGUGUGUUACUUGCAGUUGAAAAGCCAAAAAGAUAAUACCAUUAAAUCCAGUAAGUGACAUUUUUAGAAAUGCUUUUAUAGACAAGCAUAUGUGAGUGAUUAUUAUGUGACCGUUAUUUAUUUUCUGCAAAAAAAGAGGGAAUAAAAACUUACGUUGUG